UACACGUGUGUAUAUAAGUUACAGUGCCUACAUAGAUUCACCAGUCAAAACAAAAUUACUGUUUGCAUGUAGCUAUAUACAUGUAACAGCACAAUGGCUGCUAACCCAUUUGCAUUUGACACGAGUACCAGCCACUACAAUGUUCUGAAUAUUCCUCGUAAUGCUACAUCUGAGGAUAUAAACAAAGCUUUCAAGAAACAAGCCCGGUGGGUUCACCCUGAUAAAUCUGGAGAACAAAACACGGAAAGCUUCCAGCGACUUCUACAUGCCAGAGACACUCUACUGAAUGAAGUCAAGAGAGCUGAUUAUGAUGAUGAACAUGAAGAUGAUAGCUUGGCAAAAGCAGAAGGUUCCUUACUUUGUGGUCCUCGAAUCUCAGAGCACUUUCGUCAACAAUUCACCGAGUGGGAAAAGGGAUUUCUUAUCAUUAAAAGAUCGUCUUUGCAGAAAUUCCCAGAACAGUUUCAAGAAAUGCUUCAAAAGUUUCAAACGGAUUCUUGAGAGAGCAGACAGACAAAGCACACCCAAAGGCAAUAGGCUCGUCUGAAUCGGCAAGACAACCAGUUAAUCAUGAUAAAUCUGCAUCCUCACCAAUUGAAAACACAGUGAACCUUGUUAUGCAAGCAGCAGGCAAGGAGCAGGAUGAUUCGGCAAUACAAAACAGAAUAGAACAGAUAUACAAAAGAGCUAUUGAUAGUGGAUACACAACCAGUGACUCAGAGAGCAAUGACCUUGAGCCAAUCGUUGAUUUCUCAACUUCACCUAAAGAAGACAUCAAAACACUUGUUGAGCUUCUCUCAGCCGACGACCCAGAAACAAUCGAGAAAAUGAACUCUUCUCAGCUUCUCGGCCGACUCUUGAAAUAUGUGCCUCAAAAGCUAAACCACUAUCUCACAAAUACCAGUACCACCCAGGCUAGUGGUAAUCAAUGUAAGUAUUGCCACAAAAACUAUUGGUAUGCCACAAAUAAACUGCAGUAUACAUGUGUACAGUGCUGUAGCAAAAUUUGCAGGUCCUGUCGUCCUAUUAGCAGGCAAAUCUACGGCUAUGGCAAAACCACUAAUGUGUUUAUAUGCAACUCUUGUAUCGAGCAGUUUUAUCAGGAGCAUGCAAAGGAGUGGCGAGACAAAGCUCAUACUCUUAUCGAAGGCGGCAGCUUGGAAGAUCUCAAAGCUGCCUUCGGCUGCAUUCAAAUAGCUCUGAGCCUAUUCAAUGAGAUUAGCUUAACUUCAACAGGAAAACAACUAUUUCACCAUAACUACCCUGAAUUGGCACUACCUUUUGCAUUAGCUGCUCAGCAGCAAGCCUCAAAAACUAUUGACAAAGUCAAAGCCAAUAAAUUUCUGUCAUCCGUCUUUAAAUCCCUUACCACAAGGUAUGAUGAUCAAAAUAUCCGUUGGGAAUUGCUACUCGGAGCAAAGGAAGCUGCAUUGCUAGCCAAAAGUGAAGCGGAUCACUUGGACGAACAAAUUGCUGAUGCUCCUAGCCUGCAGACUGCAGUGGAUGAAAUCAAUCAGGAACUGCAACUUUCUAGACGACAGAAGGAGGACGAAGAAGCACGACAGAUGAGGAGCCUAAGGCGAGAAAUUGAGAGAUAUUGGGAAAGUAGAAAUCUUCGUGCAAUGAUAGACUUCAUUUUGUCACCAGAUGAUGAUGAUGGUCAACGUGCAUCAAGACUUGAAGCUUUUGAACAAUUUAUGCAGUCAAUGGAAGGAUUCAUCUCAAAAAUGUGUAAUGAUGAUCGCUACAGCUUGACCUUCUUUCGUGGAGUAUUAAAGCUUUCGAAAAAACGAUUUGCAGAAGGUAUUACAGAUAUAGAACAAGUUGCUUGGCAAUCACACUCAGUGGAUCUACUCAAACAUGAAUCCAUAAAUAUCUUACUCUCACUGCUUAAAACCCAGCCACCUAUCUUCACUCUUAAUGGCCUCCAUAAAAUUUGCGCACAGCCACAAAAGCUUCUGUCCCCAAAAGGAAUAUACAAUGACUUUUCUCUACGUGAGCUACAGCUAAUUGCAAUGGAUGAAGCUGAAAUAACUCCACCGUUCAAAGGACAGUGGCCUGAACUAAGUGUCACUGGUCUAAACCUCAGAGCUCACCGUAAAUGUGAAGCGGCAUUUGCUAGUCAAAUUCAAGAAAAAAAAUGGGGAUCACAAGAUGUAGGCUAUGCAUACAUUGACUAUAUACAAGGAUGUGUACACCCAGCUGAAAUCACUGUGUCUCUACUACAUGCUUCAAUGUGGUUUUUCAAAGACCUCAAAGAAAAUGACCAAAUACAGCUUCCCCAAACAUUUGCACUCAAGAAACUUAUAUUUUCUCUUCUUAGCAUGGCUUACACAAUAGCUCAAAGAUCUCUACAUCCUGGCAUGCAGCUGUAUGUCGGACGUAUUGCUCUAGCUGUUGCAUUGGAAACACUAAAGAGAAAGGAAGACGUAGCUCUCGCAGAAGAUACAGAACUAAUUAGUGCAUUGCUACACAUGGUCACUUACAAUUCCCGCUUUGUCCCAUUCUGGAAAUUCCCUUCCGUUCAAGUUUCCGAAGCUGCACUGCUAAGUAUCAUUUCAGCAGAACAACACACGAAAUAUCUCGAUCAGCUCACAGAGACAGACAAAACGCAAAGGCCUGUGACAGAAGCCGAACUACAGUAUCAACUUUAUGAGAAUGAUCUUCGUUAUGUGCAUCGAGCAGAAGAUCCAGCAAGCUUACACGUAAAAGCUAUGAAGGAGCUUCUAGCAGAAAAAGGCUGGAAAAUGUCUGAUGUUUCCCGUUUAAUGACGUCACCCCUGAGUCCUCGUGAUAGAGACGGAUGGCUCAUUCAGCAACCCAAACUUGGACUAAACCAAGAAUUUGCCGAGAUCAAAGGAAUGAUAAUCAACCUUGAUCACCAUAACCCUUCAAUCGAGUUGGUAGUUGUGCCAGCUGAUGAUUUGAGAGGUCGUAUGGGAACAUGCAGUCAAGCAGAUUUCCAGCACGUCUUAUCGAUGGUCGAUGAAGCUGACGGAACCUUAUUCUUUAGUUUGGACCAACCAGACAGUCAAAAACGAUUUCACCCAUUUCAAGAAUUUCGAUAUACAUCGGAAAGUCUUAACAAGUCUGACUUGCUCCAUACAUUGUUUGAAACUGACUAUCUAAUGAAGAGUUUCAGUGUUGGCACAGAUGUCUCAUCGAACCCACCCUUCAAACAGAGACCGAACAAAGAAGGACUCACCAAAAACCUACCAAAAGUGCUCCAAGAAAAGCUCAAACCAGUCUCAGAAAGGGGAACAACUCAAAACCGGGCACACCGUUUUUGGAUUCAAGCAGACAAGAUUGACUACAAUGAGGAGCAAAACAACAACCGUCUUGAAAUCCGUCUCGGAGAAAUGGAUAUGAUUAUCAGGAGUCAUCCAUUGAUCCCUGGAGAAGAUGGUAAGCUGAUAGAUACAACAGAAGAUGACGAUCCAGAUAGCCCCGAGGCUAGAUUUGCAGCUGAUAUGACAGAAGUCUACAAUGAGCUAGGACUACACUUUCCCAUGUUUCUGCGGCUGAGGCAGCUAGCAAAGCUACAGGUACUAGGCCUAUUCCUACGAGGCAUAUUGAAAGGCAUGAAAGAAAAAUCUGAAGGCAAAGGAAUAGUCGUACCAACCGAACUCCUACAAGAAAUUCAGCGAGAUGCUUUACAGAGUGCCAAGGAGCAGCUUCAACGAGGCUUGAAUUCAAUUAGCUCAGACAUUGGUGAGUGGCCAGCAGCCGAAGACAGAAACACUGUCUCAACAGAAGUAGAGAGAGUACUUCGAGAAUUGCCAUACAAUGUGAUUGCAAGCUACUCAGAUGUAGAACCACACGUAAAAAGUGCACUUCAAAAAAAAGAUGACAGUGUUGUCAGUCAGCUCUCAGAUGCUUUAAUGGAUGCAACUAGCAACAGAUUAACACGAUCUACACUGACACAAUAUGUGAGAACAUGGCUGCAAAACCGUUCUUCUAGGAACCUCAACGAUUUGGUUAGCUACCUUAGCUCAGCAGUUUCACUACCAACACGUGAGGACAUUAAAAGUCAAAUUGUAGCACAUAGCAAAGAACGUUAUGAAUCUUUCUCUAACCUUGUGAGAACACUAAUUUGCUUACCUAAUAAACGAACAAGCACCAGCCCUUGUAAAUGGGUACCAGCGGCCCUAUACAAAGAGGAGGAUGGAAGUCAUCUUUCUUUAUGCUAUGGUGGUGUAUUGAUUGCACCAAAAAUCAAUGAAGGAAAUGUAUCCAGAUUUCCUGGGCACAGUCAGCGAGUCCCUGUUCAAAAAGCACCUCAAGUAUUCAGCAAUGCAACUAAUGGCCUGGGUGCACAGAUACGAAGUCCACAAACGGGCUCCAAACCGCAAACUCAAAGAGGCACGAGAGGGCAAAGUCAAAGUGGAACGAAACGGCAAACUCAAAGUGAAGUGAAACCACAAAAUCAAAGUGGAUCGAGAAGAAAAACUCAAAGUGGAGUGAAACCACAAACUCAAAGUCAACAAACUCAGAAUCCACAAGGAGGAACAAAAUCAGCUACUUCUUCAACAACACAAAAAGCAAAAUGGGACUUCAGUAAAAAAGAUGACAAACAACGAAAGUGGACAAAUUUUGAGAAACAUGGCCAGAAAGUUUUUCGACUGUAUGGUGAUGAUAAUCCACCUAUUCGUCGAGCUUCUAAGACACUUGCUGCUUGCACCGCCGCAGCUGUCGGUGUGUAUGGGGUGGGAAAACUUCUUCAGACAUUUGGAGACAAAAAAAUGAAGGCAGAUACAGCUCUAAGAGAAGUUUCCAAGAAUUUAGAACAAAAUCCUAGCUGCAAACGAACCAGCUGCUCUGCCUGUGCAAUUAAUAAUAUCCGGCCAGUAACAUCCAUCAAAACUACAAGUGGAAAUACAUUUGAAACAACAAAUUCUGUUUCCAUGGAUACUAAAAACUGUGUAUACAUGGUCCAGUGUAUUAAAACUGGCAAAAUGUACAUUGGCAUGACAACUAGACAAGCUAUCACACGUGUGCGAGAACAUCUCCGAGAUAUUACUAAAGAGAAAGCAAAAACUCUAGCACGGCAUUUUAAUGAUCUUGGAUGCUUUGGUCAAUUUAAUCAAAGCAUGAAUAUUGUACCACUAGGUUCUGUUAGUAGUGAAACAAUGAAGCCAUACACUCCUAGUCAAAGAAAAAGAAUAAUGGAGUACAUUGAAGCAAAACUAAUUGAGGCGGUAGGAAGAGACCAACUAUUGAAUAAGAAAUGGCCGUCCACCUCAUUCAGUGAGUUUGAUGCCACACCUAAUCUGGACCAAUUUUUUAGCAAACGAGCGGACGGUAUCUAUAUCGAUGGGAAACUCGCUCUAACUAUCGAUUAACAUACAAACUGAGUGAUAGUAGCAUAUCUAUAUAGUUUAAUGGACAACACAUAGAUCAUAAUCUCUUUGUAGACCCUGUACAUAAUUAUACUGAGUGUUCUACCUUGAUGUCCUAUGUUUGCAUACAAUACAUUAUACGUCUGCUCAUUGAUUGUAGUGUACGUUUGGCUUGAGUUUUAUAUCCCAUGUUUAUGUCUGCUCACUAGUUGCUGUAUAUAACAAUUACCAAUUUGAAUUCUUCCUCUAAGAAA